AGCCCUGGCAGAACAGCUGAUUGUACAGAAAAACCCAAUCAUAAAUAAAAGUUUAUUUUUUGUGUCCAAAACUUCGAUUUAUUAAGAUGCAACACACUUUGAGGCGCUGCCUCACAAUGGCAACCCCGCGAACAAGAGCGUUACGCUGCUUUUCCACGCUGCCGCAUGCACCCGAACAGAACAAGAAUCAGGCUAGCCGGAAUCAAUUGCCGCGUCUGAUGGAUUUCCCAGAGAUAAUUUGGCCAUCGGCAUUGAAUACGAUUAAAAAUUGGAUAACGGUACAAUUUAUAAUACGACCCUAUUUCGAUAGCGAAUUUCAAAUUAAGGAUUUCAUAUUUGGCGCCAAGCAGGCGCUGCAGGUGGUGUCCAGCAAAUUGGUGGGCGGUGAUCUGAAUCAACUGCAGGAUCUGGUCACACCGGAUGCUAUUGCCGAGCUAAAGCCCGUUAUUCAGAAGCUGUCGAUGACACAGCGCAAGCAGCUGGAGAUCAACGAGAGCGACAUCUAUUUGUCGUUUCCCUACCAGAUCGGCAUCAUGUUCGACGAUGCCAACGAUAAGCUGCAAAAGCGCUGGGUCGAAAUCACAAUGGUCUUCCAUGUUAUGCGCGGUCUGACGGAGAUGCGCGCGCGCGGCGAGGAGAUACCCUGGAAUAUGGGAACUAUGCCCGAGUAUCAGGAUAAGGUGUUCAUAUGCAACUAUCGGUUCAAGAAGGAAUUCACCGCUGGACAGCAAUCGGACUGGACGAUCAAUGUGGCCAAUCACUUUAGGGCCAUCGAUCUCAUCAACGAAUCGAAAUAACAUAUAGUUUGUUACGGCGGCCGUUGCAUGCCACACUCUACUGUAAGCCAUAUGAAACAAGAAUUGCUUUUCAUUUUGGCAACUUUUUUGCAAUAAAAUUUGCGCUGCAAGUGUAUAGGUAAAAAACAAAAAAA